AUGGCUUACAGAUUAUUAUUCCGUAAUUAUCAUUUCAAAGAAGUAGAAACUAAGUGGCAGCAACUUUGGAGAAAUAAUCCUAUACAAAAAAGGAACGGAGAAAAGUUCUAUUGUCUUUCUAUGUUUCCUUAUCCCUCUGGAAAUCUGCAUAUAGGGCAUGUAAGGGUAUAUGCUAUAAGUGAGGCUAUUGCAUUAUUUGAACAUUUAAAAGGAAAAAAUGUACUUCAUCCAAUGGGUUGGGACGCUUUUGGACUCCCUGCAGAAAAUGCGGCAAAAGAAAAAAACAUUGAACCGCAUUUAUGGACAUUUCAAAACAUCUUUCAAAUGAGGAAACAAAUGGACAGCCUUGGACUAAGAUUUGAUUGGGAUAGAGAAGUAUGAACGUGCAUGCCAGACUACUAUAGGUGAACCCAGUGGCUGUUUCUUUUACUAUUUAAAAAAGGACUUGCAUAUAAGACUGAAGGGUAUUUGAACUGAGACCCAAUAGAUCAGACUGUACUCGCAAAUGAGCAAGUUGAUGAAAACGGAAGGGCAUGAAGAUCAGGAGCUCUUGUUGAAAGAAAACCUAUGAGACAAUGAUACUUUAAAAUCACAGAAUAUGCAGAUGAGCUACUUAAAGGGCUUGAUAAACUUCAAUGGCCUGAUUAUGUAAAAGAAAUGCAAAGAGGCUGGAUUGGGAAAACCAAAGGAUUUGCUAUUAAUUUUGCUAUAAAAGAAACAGAUGAAAAUCUGUCAGCAUUUACUACAAACAUUGAAGGCAUUUUAGGGACAACUUUUAUACUAGUUUCUCCUGAGCAUCCUAUAUUAGCAAAGAUGAAUCUUAAUGAAGAAGAAAAAAAAUUCUUAGAAACUAUCAGAAAAAAGCCAGAAACUACGAGAAAAAUUGGAACUCAAAUCAUAGUGAUUUCUAGCCAUAAAGCAAUUCAUCCAGUAACUAAUGAAGAAAUUCCAAUUGCUAUAGCUGAAUAUGUUCUUAUGGUAAAUUAUAAUUAGACUCAAGGAACUGGGUGCAAAAUGGGAAUUCCAGGCCAUGACGAUAAAGACUUAAAAGCUGUGACAGGCUCACCUAUUGAUGUAAAAAAAGUUUUUGAUAAAGAUAAACUAAUAAACUGUGGAGAAUUCACUGGACUUUCAAUUUCUGAAGCAAUUCCCAGACUCAAAGAAAUUUUGAAGUCCAAGGACGCAAUUUCUCCUAAAGCUUGCUAUAAUUUGCGUGAUUGGCUGGUUUCUCGUCAAAGAUAUUGGGGUGUUCCUAUACCUAUGAUUAACUGUAUCAUUCACGGUCAUGUUCCAAAUUACAGACUUCCAGUUAUGCUUCCACAAAAAGGAGACGAUUUAGUUGAAUGGAGAACUGAGAGAUGCCCUUAUUGUGGAACCCCAGGUGGAAAAGAAAUAGACACUUUAGACACUUUUGUGGACUCUUCAUGGUAUUAUUUAAGAUAUGCAGACCCUGGAAAUGACUUUGAUAUUUUUGAUAGAGAAAAAGCUAAAAAGUGGCUGCCUGUCGAUCUAUAUAUCGGUGGUAGUGAGCAUGCAAUUAUGCAUUUAUUAUAUGCAAGAUUUAUCCAUAAAGUCCUUAGAGAUGAAGGCUAUUUAGCUUGUGAUGAGCCUUUUUCAAAUCUACUUACACAAGGGCUGGUGCUAGGCAAAACUUACAAAAAAGAUGGAAAAUACAUAACAGCAGAAGAAGCAACAAAUUUAGAAGGAGUCGAAAUUACUCAUGAAAAAAUGUCAAAAAGCAAGAAAAAUGGAAUAAAUCCUUUAGAAAUUUAUAGAGAGAGUAUUAAUUAGAGAGGGUAAAAGCGGGGUUUAUUUCAGCCCCUGAUCCAGUCGAGCUCCAGCUUCACGCUCAAUGUGGCGCUAGUCACCAAAGCCACCUAACGCCCUUUUUUGUCGACGUCAUCAAAAAUGGUGACGUCGACAUCUUUCGGGGAGACUCACCCGAGACCCUGCUUGGACCAAAAAAACUUCAGCAAAGGACUCUCUUAACCCCUGGUAGUGCUCAGGGUAUGAGGGAAACGUCCAAAGCCUCCUUCUGGAACUACCUCUCCGCCAAUUACAGGCAGCAUAAUGCUCCUCCAGAAGUGCCUGCUUGGUAUUGCGCCGUCGGUCUUUCGUCUGUGGGUCGAGGAGAGGCCCAGUCAGCCCAAACCUGCUCCCACCCCGGAAAUCACACCCCAUCAGACCCCGUGGCCCUUCGGGGCCACCAUUUUAUUAAAUGACCCCGAGUUUUGGAAAACUCCUGUUUUUCUGUCGGACUGCGGCCUUCGCCAUCAUGGAUGGUGAAAUUUUUUAGAAAUUAUAGAAGAAUGGGGAGCUGACGUAUUAAGAUUAGCUAUUUUAUUUUCAGCACCUAGUGAAAGUCAAAUAGAAUGGGAUGGGGGGUUACUAAAAACUAUGAAAAAAUGGCUAGGGAAUAUAUGAAAUAUAGUAGAAGGAGAACUAGCAGAAAAUGAUGAAGAAGACUACUCAAAAUGAUUAAAUGGAGUCACAAGAUCAUUUGAGAAUAAAAAACUGCAUGUAGUCAUUGCAAGACUUAUGGAGCACACAGAAACGGUUAAAACAAAGCCUACUAAGCAAAACCUUAAAAUUCUGCUUAUAAUUUUGCAUCCAUUUGCUCCCCAUUUUACAGCAGAAGCAUACACAAAAAUUUUCAAUAAAGAUAUCACGAAUGAGAAAUGGCCAAUAGAAGCACUUACUAUAAAGAAAAAACAUUAA